AAUUUAGAAAAAUAAGUGAAAAAAUGAUUAUUUUUUUGUACACGCUCAUUUUUACAGCAUUUCUGAAUGAAUGUAAUGGCACCCUUGGUGGUGGUUGCUUUGCGCCAAGCACAACUGACGAUUUUGAUAUUGAUGAGUUCGAAUAUCAAGGUGAUUUCAUUAGAUUUGCGUGUAUAACAACCGAGUCUCAAGAUAAUUUUGAUAUAACUGACGUCAAUGGCAUUAUUCCAUCAGAUUUAGUUGAUCGAUUAAAUAAUGGAAAAGGUCUAUCGUUGUUUUUCCAUGGAGUUUCAUACAUGAUCGAUCCUUUGUUCGAUUCCCUUUUUUAUUUUGCUAAGCAAUGGUUCGAGGCAUCGAGAAACAAUAUAUGUGUAGUGUCCUAUGCCUACACAACACCUUCAACGGAAGUUUUAAAAAUAUAUGCUAUUGUAAAUAAAAUGAUAAAAACCCGACGGCUUGAAUAUGUGGCAAAGAUGGCACGUGACUUGGUGUUUGGCGUAAGAGGAAAAUGUUUGGCAACAACGGAAAGAACAUGUCUCAGAAAUUUCUCACAAGUCGAUGUAACCGGUUUUAGUUUUGGUGCACAUAUCGCUGGAAGGACUUGUCAAUAUUUGCUCCAAAAAACGCACGAAAAAGUCCGAAUGCUAUUGGCUUUGGAUCCAAUAAAAACACCACGAUUUGGACCGAAAAUAAAGGAUAGCAUUAAGAAAGGUGAUGCAGAUUAUGUUCAAGUAGUUCACACUUCCAAAAAGGUGGGGAUGUGGGAUCAAAUGGGAGAUGUCGAUAUCUAUGUAAAAUAUGAAAAACAGAAAAAUAUGGGUUCUUUAAAUGAUGAACACGGAGUCGCAUUUUUCAUACAUCUUGGAACAUCUACUAAUCGUCUUUAUAUGUGGGCUAGAGAAAAUGGAAAUGGUAGCGUGUGGACACAAAAGGGGAAAGCAUUGCAUGAUGAAUGUACAAUCGGUGUGUAUGGUAUCCUUAAAUCCCAGCAUCGUGGGAAAAAAUUAGGCCUUUGGUUGGCUAAACGUAACGCAGAAAAUUUCUGGGAAGGGAUUGGUUCAUUUAAUUUGGCAGAACAAGUUUUACCACCUCAAGAAAUCCUAAAAGAAGAAGAGAUAGCCCCCGAAAAUGAGUGCGGUAUAUGCUUCCGAAAUAAGAAAAACGCCCGUUUAAAUUGUGCAUGCAAAAAUCCGGAAAUAUGUAUGACCUGCUGGAACGAGUGGAAAUCGAAACCAACAUCACAAAGUAAAUGUCCCAUUUGCAGACAAAAAGUAACUUCAGCUAAACGGGUCAAUUAGUAUAUUUUAGGCACACCUGAGGAUGCUAGAAAUGAAAAAUCGUAUUGAACUCAUCUUAUUUAUAUUUAUUGACCGCUUAUUAUGUGACUCCAUAACAAAUAGCAAAUAAAAAGUCACUUAAAAACCCGCUUUCAAUGUA